GAAGCUGGAGAGGUGCUUCUCCUUCUCUGGGCCUGGAACCCUUUCUCCGUGGCCGCGGACUGAUUCCGAGCUUACACAGUAAAGACAGAAUGGCGCUCUCCACUUUCACUUUUCUCUCACGACAAAGAGAGGCGAGAGUAGCCUCUGCCUUUGGACCUCAGAGUUUUAGAAAAAAACCGGAAUGGCCCAGGGUCCUCUCUGCAGUGGACAUGUCCAAGCUACCAGUAGCUCUUUUGUUAAGAACUCUGCCUCCAACUCGCGCAAACAUCACUUUAUGAAAUACAAAUGUUGCCAACUCGCCCGGUAACCUUCAGUAAGUAGGUCAGCGUGUAAAGUAACUGGAAGAGAAAAGCAGGCUUGAAGUUAAGGUCUUUAGGGCUUUUGCUUCCCCGGAAGUUGAUUGUGCCUGAACAACCAUCUUUCAAGAGAUGGGGGGUAUACGACUUAUAGAUCCAGCAGCCAUCUCAUUGAAACUGGGAAUAGCGUAGAAAUAUGAUUAUCCAUGAAAGAUCUGCAGAGGACUCUUGUCUUUGAAUUCCAUGAACUGCAUGGGAGACCAGUAGAGUUGUUGAAAUACUACCAAUCUUAGACUCAAGGGGUCAUUUUGACAAUUAGAUCAUGGCAACCAUAGAAGAAAUUGCACAUCAAAUUAUUGAACAACAGAUGGGAGAGAUUGUUACAGAGCAGCAAACUGGGCAAAAAAUCCAGAUUGUGACAGCACUUGAUCAUAAUACACAAGGCAAGCAGUUCAUUCUGACAAAUCACGAUGGUUCUACUCCAAGCAAGGUCAUUCUGGCCAGACAAGAUUCCACUCCAGGAAAAGUUUUCCUCACAACUCCAGAUGCAGCUGGUGUUAACCAGUUAUUUUUUACAACUCCUGAUCUGUCUGCACCACAUCUCCAGCUCUUAACAGAUAAUUCUUCCCCAGACCAGGGACCAAAUAAGGUUUUUGAUCUUUGUGUAGUAUGUGGAGACAAAGCUUCAGGGCGUCAUUAUGGAGCAGUAACUUGUGAAGGCUGCAAAGGAUUUUUUAAAAGAAGCAUCCGAAAAAAUUUAGUAUAUUCAUGUCGAGGAUCAAAGGACUGUAUUAUCAAUAAACACCAUCGAAACCGCUGUCAAUACUGCAGGUUACAGAGAUGUAUUGCGUUUGGAAUGAAACAAGACUCUGUUCAGUGUGAAAGAAAACCCAUUGAAGUAUCCCGAGAAAAAUCUUCUAACUGUGCUGCUUCAACAGAGAAAAUCUAUAUCCGAAAAGACCUUCGAAGCCCAUUAGCUGCAACUCCAACUUUUGUAACAGAUAGUGAAACUGCAAGGUCAACAGGACUGUUGGAUUCAGGAAUGUUUGUGAAUAUUCAUCAGUCUGGAAUAAAAACUGAGUCAACUGUGCUGAUGACACCAGAUAAGGCUGAAUCAUGUCAGGGAGAUUUAAGUACAUUGGCCAGUGUGGUUACCUCAUUAGCAAAUCUUGGAAAAACUAAAGAUCUUUCUCAAAAUAGUAAUGAAAUAUCUAUGAUGGAAAGUUUAGGCAAUGGUGAUUCAUCUUUGUGUGAAUUUCAAGAAACACAGAGCAAUGGUGAUGUUUCAAGGGCAUUUGACACUCUUGCAAAAGCAUUGAAUCCUGGAGAGAGCACUGUAGAGGGAAUGGAAGGAAGCGUACACCUAAUUGCUGGAGAUUCAAGCAUAAAUUACAUCGAAAAAGAGGGGCCACUUCUCAGUGAUUCUCAUGUAGCUUUCAGGCUCACCAUGCCUUCUCCUAUGCCUGAGUACCUGAAUGUGCACUACAUUGGGGAGUCUGCCUCCAGACUGCUGUUCUUAUCAAUGCACUGGGCACUUUCGAUUCCUUCUUUCCAGGCACUAGGGCAAGAAAACAGCAUAUCAUUGGUAAAAGCUUACUGGAAUGAACUUUUUACUCUUGGCCUUGCCCAGUGCUGGCAAGUGAUGAAUGUAGCAACUAUAUUAGCAACAUUUGUCAAUUGUCUUCACAGUAGCCUUCAACAAGAUAAAAUGUCACCAGAAAGGAGAAAAUUGUUGAUGGAGCACAUCUUCAAGCUACAGGAGUUUUGUAACAGCAUGGUUAAACUCUGCAUUGAUGGAUAUGAAUAUGCCUAUCUGAAGGCAAUAGUACUCUUCAGUCCAGAUCAUCCAGGCCUAGAAAAUAUGGAACAGAUUGAGAAAUUUCAGGAAAAGGCUUAUGUGGAAUUUCAAGAUUAUAUAACCAGAACAUAUCCAGAUGACACUUACAGAUUAUCGAGACUCCUCCUCAGGUUGCCAGCUUUGAGAUUGAUGAAUGCUACCAUCACGGAAGAAUUAUUUUUCAAAGGUCUCAUUGGAAAUGUACGGAUUGACAGUGUCAUCCCACAUAUUUUAAAAAUGGAACCUGCAGAUUACAACUCUCAAAUAAUUGGUCACAGCAUUUGAAAAGCUGAGAUCAUAGUGCUAUAAACUUAUUGUUCUUUUCCAGAACACAGGAAAA